GCGUCGGCUGCUGCUUUACGCGUCGGCUGCUGCUUUACGCGCCGGCUGCUGCUUUACGCGCCGGCUGCUGCUUUAAGCGUCGGCUGCUGUUUUAUUCGCCGUGAUUCUAGUGCAUUCUGUUAUUAUGCAACAUGCACCACGUCAUAAGAUCACGAAUGCGAAUCAGAAUGAAAUUAUGAACUAAUUACGUAAUGAUAAAAUGAUGAAAUAAUUCAUCUGAAACCACGCGCAAUUAUAAAAGUAAUGGAGGACGAGACAAAGUUAUUAAAAAAAAAUGGCUACAUACCGGACCGUACACUGGGUGAAGGGUCUUAUGGCAAGGUCAAGUCUGCCUACUCUAAAGAACUGAAGAAAAAAGUUGCUAUCAAAAUCAUUGACUUGAAAAAAGCACCCUCUGAGGUGCUGCAGAAAUUCCUGCCACGUGAACUGGAGAUCAUCUCCUCACUCAUCCACCCACACAUUGUAAGGACCUUCAAGAACUUUUAUAUAGAUUCAAAAAAACUGUUAAUUGUGAUGGAACUAGUAGAGCAGGGUGACUUGCUUGAUCUCAUUAAAACCAGAGGCAAACUUACAGAAGAACUCUCUAAAAAACUGUUCCGACAACUAUCACUUGCUGUCAAGUUCAUCCAUGAUCAAAACAUCGUUCAUCGGGACUUGAAGUGUGAGAACCUGCUGCUAGAUAAAAAGUUCAACUUGAAAGUCACAGACUUUGGGUUUAGCAAGAGACUAGAUUAUGUGGAUGGAGAGAUGAUGCUGAGUGACUCAUUCUGUGGGUCUACAGCAUAUGCAUCACCAGAAUUACUGCAGAAUCUACCUUAUAACCCUAAAGUGAAUGAUGUAUGGAGCAUGGGUGUUGUGCUCUUCAUCAUGCUGACCGGUGCCAUGCCCUUCGAUGACUCCAACCCUAUGAAGAUGUUGGAAACUCAGAAGAAACAUGCCAUCAAAUUCCCUAAACAUGCACAGAAGUACAAGUCCGCGUAUGACCUGAUUAUCCGUAUGCUGGACCCUGACCCUCUCAAAAGGAUUGACGUCAACUGCAUCCUCCAACACCCGUGGCUACAGGAAGAGCCCAAAUUAGUUAAAUGUAUCCAGAGACAAUUAAGAGGUCCAUCUACAUCAAAGGACUGCACAGAUGGUGCUAAACACAAGAGGUAAAGAUAGCGCCAUCAGAUGACAAUCCUACACGAGAAUCCAGGAGUUUACUUGAAGCCGUAGAGCCAGUGGUGCCACGAAGAUCAUGUAACGUCUCCAAGAUUAAAUGAUCCAUUCUGUAGCAUUAGAUACUCAUGAAACAGAGGCGUACGGUAUAUUAGAUGCAUAUUUGAUAGCGCUUCAAAUGUAUAAUUUGUUCAUUUAGAUUAACAACAACUUGAGUCAAUUUUGAGUCAAAAUUCAUAUAGUUUAGCUUAUAUAACUCAAUUUAACUGAAAUAAUUUUAUUAUGGGACGAGUCAUUUCAAUAACAAUCGCUUGUUACACAAAUCCAACCUUCAAAUAAAAAUUAUAUUAUAUUA